AUGAAUUCCGCAAUUCUGGAAAUAAUUCAACCAACGGCCAUGUCAGAUCAUCAGUCUCAUCAACCACAACGCCUACCUCAUCAUUCUCAUAUCCCUCCACAGCUUCAACUCGCAACCCCAAUAAAACAGGACAUCGCAACAACAUCAUCAUCAUCAGUAACAUCAGUAACCCCUACCCCUUCGUCUGCCACUUUCCCAAUGAUCAAUCACUUCCAUAACCAAUCACAAACCCCAAAUGACCUGGCCAUCAAUCAAUCUCUGCCAGAUCAACAUCCCCCCCUUUAUAUUUCAACCUAUUCCGGUGUCGACGUUUACGAAGCAUACAUCAAUGGCUUCCCCCUUAUGCGCCGAUGCUCAGAUGACUGGGUCAAUUCAACCCAAAUUCUAAAAGCCGCAAAAUUCCCCAAAGCCCAAAGAACCAGAAUAUUGGAGAAAGAAAUCCAAACCGGCAACCACCAGAAAAUCCAAGGCGGUAAUGGCCGUUUUCAAGGUACUUGGGUCCCGUUGGAGAUCGCAAAACAAUUGGCAGAAAAGCAUGGGUUAACUAAAGAAUUGGAAAUCGUGUUGUAUUAUAUCCCUGACCCCAAUAACCCUUUGAAAAGAAUGAACAGAUCACUAAAACAUAACUCAGCUACCCCUUCGAAAAGAAAGAAGCUCAACAAUGGCAAUGCUUUCACCAACGAAACUCCCAGUAAAUCCGCAAAAUCUUUAGCCGCCAAUGGUGCUUCAAAAAAACAAAUCGCCUCCAACAAGAACGGUUCUACUUCUCAAUUAUCAAUAUCAUCUAACAACUUUUCCACGCCUCAUCCACAAUCUACCGGCGGUAACAAUUUAUUCAUGAUUUCCCAAGGCCUCACUCCCCAACAACAACAACAACAACAACAACAACAGCUUCAUCAUCAUCAACAACAACUAAAUAACCAGGUGAUUGGUCAAGUAUCAACCCCGGUUAAUAAUGUGGUUCCCGGAAACUUCCCUUCCUUAGCCGCCGCCCCCAACACUUUUAUGAGCUACGUUCCAGUAUCUCUGAAUCCUCUGAGUGCAACAACUCCGCAUUUCUCACAAUUUCCACCAACCGUCCAUCAAUUUCUCCCAUCUCAAGUAGCCACUCAGGAAUCACACUCUCAACAACAACAACAACAACAACCUUAUUCACAUCAAGCACAACUACAAUUACAACAGCAAUUUCACCAGCAGCAACUACUACAGCAGCAUUUUCAACAACAACAACAGCAGAGGUUUCAGCAACAUCAAGAAAGAUUGACAACAAAUGUUCCUAAUGCUCAACCAAAUAAAACCUUACAACCAAAUGAAUUGGGUUCAAAUUCUAAUGGCGGUGCCAUUCUCCGCCCACCAUCCAUGGGCAUUGACUACAGUAAACACUUGAUUUCUUAUUUCAGCUCAGGAGCAACCGCAUCAAUCCCUCAAUUCGUACUUAACCCUCCCAUGGAUUUCAAUCUUGACGCCCCUAUCGACUCAGAGGGCCACGCUCCCCUUCAUUGGGCGGCAGCUAUGGGCCAUUUACCCCUUGUUGCCGCAUUAAUAUCCCAUAAUGCUAACCCAUUAGUGCAAAAUACCCUAGGACUCAACCCGUUGUGUCGUCUUGUAACUUUCACAAAUUGUCAUGAGAAGCAAAAUUUCCCCCAAAUAUUGGAAUAUUUGAAAACAUCAUUGUACCAACCUGACGGAAAUAACCGAUUGAUCGUUCAUUAUUUGGCGCAAUUCUCAGGAAUCAAACUGAAACGUGCCAGUAUUCAAUAUUAUUUCGACCAUAUUAUGCAAGAAAUAUCCUCUGCUAAUGAGUUUUGUAAUACUCAAAUGUUGAGGUUGAAACGUCAAGAGAUUUUGAAGCUUCGUCGCGGGCGUGGCGAAAAAUUGGCGAUAGAAGACGUGGUAUGUGAUGUCGAACAAGAAAAGAAUAGUUUCAUACGAAUGAUAUUGAACCAUUGCGAUGUUCAUGGUGAUACUCCAUUGCACAUUGCAGUCAGACUGAAAACCGAAAGAAUGAUUAAGAAAUUGAUCAGUGCUGGCGGAGAUGUCAUGGUGGAGAAUAUCGAUGGUGAAUCAUCGUUGGACCUAUUGGGCCAAAGCGGUCUAAAAGUGGAGCUGAUAUUGGGAGAUAUUUCUCAAUUUCGAAAUGCUAGAGCUUCGCACCAACCUCAAACGGCGGCAGCGGCGGUGGUGGUGGGUCCGGGUGCUACUUCUGAAUUGAAAGCGGUCAACAAUGAGAAUUCUACUUCUGAUGUUAAUAUAGAUAUUGGUAAUCCAGCUUCUGAAAUAUUGAAUUCUGCUUCUCAUCCAGUGGCUGCUAAUUUAUUCAAAUCGCCAAAGGUUCCCAACGGACUAUUAGAUGAUUACAACAAAGAGAAUUUUUUCCUAAAAACCCCAGAAAUUACCCAGAUACCCGCGCAAAAUAUGAGACUCAACGGAAUCGAUGAUAGGAUUCAAGAUAAAACGAUAAUUGAUGAUGAAGAAGAAGAAGAAGAUGAUGAUCAUGAUCAUGAUCAUGAUAAUGAUAAUGAUGAUGAUGAUGAUGAUGAUGAUGAUGCGAAUAAUCCUUCUGAUAAGAAGAAACUAGUUAAUACCCAGGAUCUUCUUAUUAAUCGUUCGAACCUCACAAUUUCCGACUCCAGAAAAUCAAACUCUCUCGAAGUCGAUAAAUCAAAUAAUUCCUUUGGAAUCAUCUCGCCAAUGAAAAAGAUCAAUUUUGAUGAUUCUGUGAUGUCCGUUGCUGAUGCAACCAUGCUCAGUGUUAGUGGUUCUAAGAACACGGAUUCCAACCUUAACUUGACUUCAGUAAAUGAUUUUGCGUCUCCUUUGAAAAGAUUAGCUUCCGAUGUGUUUGUUGGCUCUGAUCUUGUCAACUUGAACGGCAAUGAAGGCAUAGAAAAGGCAAACAAUAAACACCAUUCUGGUUUACUAGAGGGUACCCCGACCAGAAUUAUUGGAGCCGCUACAAAUAAUGAAAAUUCCGUGAUCAUGCAAGAAACCGAUCCUGCUGAAGAACAAAAGUUGGAAUCCGGCUCACAAAAUAUUGUUGGACAUGAAUUCAUUUCCACCAUCCAAUCUAAUAAGUCAGUUAUUAAUUUCGCCACUCCAAAUCAACGGUCACUUCCUCCUACCACCACCACCAUCACCACCACCAGGCAAGAAAAAUUCGUUAGCAGUGAGGGUGAUUUUUCCUUUGCAAAGUUCAAAUCGGUGUAUCUUACACAGCUUUCCCUUCUUGAACGUCAUAUGUCAAUCGAUCGUUCCCAAUGGGAUUCUCAAGCUCAUGAAGGCUCGUCACUUCUUGAAAGAGUGUUGCAAGAUUUGCAAAUCACAGAUGGGCAUAUCAGAUCCAGAUUGGCUAACGUAUUUGAUAUUAAUGACAACAAUGAUAGUCAGGCUUUGAAAAGGGUAUUAGGAGCUCAGGACACCGAUGAUGAUGAAGAAAAUAUAUCAACAACGGUGCGGCCGCGGAAAGAUCUGGAAAGUGAGAAUCCAUUCUACGUUAACGGGGUCAACAAAGGUGAAGUGGCCCUAGCUCGCGAGUUGAAGGCAAAAGUCGAGGUCAAGGAAGUGGAAUUAGGCCAAAUGGAAGAAAAAUUGUAUCGUAUUGUGGAAAGAUCUCAGGCCAAGACCUUAGCAGAUUUGGUAACCUCAGAAGAAUUGGAGGCGAAUGCAUCAUUAUCCAAUUCUGAUGCCACGGAUUCCAAAGAAACUUUGGAGAAGAAUGAUAUUAUGGAUAAGGGAACUCCUGAGGAGCGAGUGUCUUUAUUAUUAGAACUUACAAAGUUACAAAUGAUGAGACAAUUAAGAGUUCAAGAUUUGGUGGCGAAAAUGGUUGAUCAUACAGUUAGCCGCAAAAUGAACAAUUAUCGGAAACUCAUUGGUAUUUCUUGUGGCUUCAAAAUUGAGUCUAUUGAUGAUUUGAUUGAUGGUAUUGAGCAGGCGUUGGUAUCCAAUAGUGAGGCUACCCAGAUAUAG